AUGGCGGCCCCAAAAUGCGAGGAGGACCCUCUCCCAUGUCCCUCGUGGAUUGUCUCCAAUGGCACUAACAUUCAUAUCGCCAAGGAUCGAUCGUGGUUCGCUGAUGACUACACGCCGGUCGAAUCGCUUGUAGAGAUCAGGUUCGGAGGAAGACUGCCAGUCAUCGGCAUGGGCACGGUCAACCUUCCAAUCAAGGUUGCCGCCAACAAGACUGGCCCAACUUCGCAUGGAACACUGCGUUUGGAAAAUGUGCUUCAUGUCCCUAGCGUCCUCUGCAACAUUGUGGGUGCUCCUGUCUUCGACUCCUACGAUUUCUCGCACAGGGACAGGGCAUUCACCGAUCCCACUGGUCGUCAAGUGGCGUAUUGUAAGCCUGACACUAAGCUCCUUGAAAUCCGACUCAGUGGACCCCCGAUCGGACCCAAAGUUGGACCCUCGCCUUUUGAUCCAUCACCAUUAAUAGUACAUGUGAUCGGCGCCUUUUGGCCUGAAAGCGAGCAGACACGGGUCUUCACUGAAAUCAGACGCAAGAAUGACAUUAAAUCCACAUUAUCCGUCUUCUCUGGCGAAAAUGAAGACUCUGAGCAGGCUCUAUCCAUGCUGCGAAACCUCGUGUUAGAAAAGCUACCCACCUCUGAAGACGAUGACGAGGACGAUGAGGAUGAGGAAGAGGGCGACCCUUUUAUGGGCGGAGAUGAAUCUCAUCCUGACGCGCAGUAUGUUGAUCAUUUGUUUACGGAGAAGCAACUGCGGUGGAUGAAAGGCGUCUAUGGCAGCUCGGUGUACUUCAUGCUCUCAUUUGGGCUCAAGCCCUACAAAGAAGAGGACUGUGAGAAGGCCCAAGCGAUUGCCAAGGCCUUAGCCAAGGCCUUCACCAUGGACGACUCUGAUGAUAGCGAUGCCAACCUUACAGACAGCGAACAUUCAUACCAAGAGCCCAUGUUUGAGACUAAAUAUGAGCCCAUGCUUGAGACAAACUAUCUAUUUUCACCAAGGCAAGUUCAAUGGCUGCAGAGAAAAUACGGCUCAACGCAAAAUUUUUUGCUCAUUCAAAAACUCGACCCCGCUUUGGGGUCAGAUUGCGAUGACGCUCGAAUCAUAGCCAAGGCUUUAAUGGCUGAGGCUGGUAUUGCCAGCGAUGACAGCGACGCCUCUUGGUUGGACGAGUAUGAGUCUCAAAUCAACGCGACCGACCGUCUUUUUUCACCAUUAGAGCUCAGAUACGUAAGAUGCUGGUAUAUCAGCUCAAGGAACUACAUGGCUAUCUUCGGAUACGAUGUUACAAUUGAAGCGGAUUGCAAGAUGGCUCAAGCCGCGGUCCAGAACACGAUGAAGGGUGAAGAUGAGAUGGAUGGUGAAUGA